ACACCUGGUUGGACUUUUUUCCCCUCGUUGUUGGAAAAAACAAAAAAAAGAAAUAACAAGAAUGGCCACAUCGGCUUUUGUACGAAGAGGUCUUGCGAACCUUGUUCCAGCCACCACCAAGCGAUUCCACGUUCCUACCGUUUACGCUUUUUCCUCCAUUCUUUCCAACCACUCGGUCCGUCAUGCCACCACCCAAGCAUCGACAUUUGCGCCCAAUCACGGCAUGGAUGACUUGCUCACCUUUCGUGAAAAGCCUCACUCCCUUUCCUACUUUACCGGCAACUACAAGUACAACGAUCUGUUAAUCGACCUGGAUGUACUUUACAAACGCCACAUCAACCACAAGCCCGUCGAAGCCUCGUUGCCUUCCUCAUUUGUACCUUCGGGAGGGGCUGAUGCAACCUCCACCACCUACGCUUGGAAGCUGCGCGAUAAAAUGUCGGAAAUGCUCGGCAUUCCAUUAAAGACAUCACAGUGGCGUAAAAUUACCAGUCACCUCGACGCUUUGGCAUCGUUGCCUCAGCCUUUGCCUUUGGAAGUCAAACUUGUCUUGGAUACAUACGUUCGUUCCGAUACGACUCAGGAAAAGGUGGCCAAAGUACGCACCUUGGAUGAAUUGGGUCGAGCUUAUGCCGCUGGACGAAGAAAGGAGUCUACCGCCCGAUGCUGGGUCGUCGAAGGUGAAGGCAAGAUUUUGGUCAACGGACAGGAACUCGAUUCAUACUUUAAACGCCCCGUCGAUCGUGAAGAAGUCACUUGGCCUUUGCAAGUCACUGAAAACAUGGAUAAAUACAACGUAUGGGUAGUCGUCAACGGUGGCGGUAGUACAGGUCAAGCACAAGCCAUCAAGCUGGGUAUCGGCAAAGCGCUGUUAAUUCACAACAGUGAAUUAAAGCCUACUUUACGUAAAGCUGGCUGUAUCACGCGUGAUCCAAGAGUGGUUGAACGUAAAAAGGAAGGUCAGCGAAAGGCCCGUGCGAAGUAUACCUGGGUCAAACGUUAAGGAUAUUUCUUUUUGCUGUAUAUUUGUAUUUUCAUGUUUUCAUUUUGAAUUUCAGAAUAAUAGAAGUGUUAUGAGAUCU